AUGACGACCGCGCCUUCACCGGUGAAGUCUCAACCGCUUCACAACUUCUCUCUCCCCUUCUUGAAAUGGGGCGGCACCGGAAAGAACAACACCAACACCACUAACCACCAACGCUCCCGUCGUCCGCCCGAUCACGGUUCUCCCGACCCUGAUUCCGAACCUGACUCCCGUCCUCACCGACUCGGAUCCCGAACCUCCAGGCACCGAUUCGGACUCCCUUCUUCCUCCUCCUCCAAAAAUCCUCCGCCGUCUUCCAACCUGGAAACCGACGAUGACGCCGGAGGAGAUAGUAAGCGGGACGUUGAAGAAGAGGUUACCGUCGCCGGGGAGAUAGUGCAGAAGCCGUGGAAUUUGAGGCCGAGGAAACCUAUGCUUCCGAGAGGAGCUUUCGAGAUCGGAACUGGAACUGGAGGUUCCAAAAACAACGGUGGAGAAUUGCAAGAAGCGGUUAACGACAGAGAGAAUCCGGCGCCGAAAUCGCUUCGGCUUCGGGGUUUUGCUGAUACGGGAUGUGCUGAGAAGAAGGAAAAGAGGAAAUUCUGGAUCGCUCUUUCGAAGGAUGAGAUCGAAGAGGAUAUUUUCGUGAUGACUGGUUCUAGGCCCAAUCGUAGGCCCAGGAAGAGGCCAAAGAAUGUUCAGAAACAAAUGGAUAAUGUUUUCCCUGGAUUAUGGUUAGUGGGUAUAACUGCUGAUGCUUAUAGGGUAGCUGAUACACCAUCAAAGAGAUAG